GGCAUGUCCGAGCCAGACGAGUUCCUUCUAUCCAGCGCGGUGUCGCUGUCUGGCGUCACACCCGACAUUGGACCCUCCUUUAGCUUGUUGAUUUUCAUGCACUACUUGUGCCCUGCGAUCACAUCAAUCGUAGUAUAUGACUGGGCGAUAUCUCUUUCUCGAGAGUGCCAGCUGUUCGGCACAGGGAAUGCCAGAACAUUCUCAGCUUGGCUGUAUUUUGCGAACCGAUAUACCAAUCUCUUCAGCCAAGUAGUGGUCUUACCCAUGUACCUGCGAUCGCUAUCUCCUAAGAGCUGCACUCAUAUUGUGUUAGCAAUGAGCAUCACAUCAUGCCUGUCCAUGAUUCCGCCGGCCGUUUUCAAUGGCCUGAGAGCAUUUGCACUCAGCCGAUCAUGGAGUGUAUCCAUCUUCAUCUUUGGGCUCUCAUUGGUGCCGUUCGCAUCUGUGAUGAGUUCGGAUACCAUUUCACCGGAAUUAUUGAACCAGCAGUACAAGGGUGUGGGGUUACUCUUGCCUAUCCUAUUCCUCUCAUACGCAUGAGUAUGUACUCAAUUGGCUGGAGAGGCUACAUAAUCUCACACCACAUUGUAGCCACCAUUCUCAAUCGCACAUGUACUAUCGUCGCCGAUACCCUACUCAUUGCGCUCACGUGGCGAUCACUUCGUAGGGGAAUAUUUCUUGAUAGAUGCAGGACCCUGACUAAGACAGAUCUCAUGGGAGUUUUGCUACGGGACGGGACUUUCUAUUUCAUCGCACUUUUGACAACCAACAUCUUGCUGAUAAUCAUUCUGCAACGACCGCCAUUGAACCUCGCAUCGGGCGACAUCAUAUCGCCCUAUAUCACAGGCUCGCUGUCAUCCACCCUUAUUUCUCGCUUUAUGCUUGACCUCCAAGAAGCUUAUCAGCGGAAGACCGUCAUCCUUGUCCCGGAAGACCUCCUGUGUACGUUGAAUGGUAGUGGCUUCCUUUCAAGCGACUCUAUCUCUGCACUAGGCUCGCUUGCGGCCCACAUAGGUGCCGCCGACUUGCACCUUGCGGAUGCACCGUGGGACAACACAGUCGAAGCAAGAGUGGAUGCAGUCGCUGAGCCGCACGAUGCCGUGCCGUCCCUUAGAGCUACACAACACGGGUCGCAUCUUGGGAGUAGGCAAUGAUGCCACAGCCUCACCGGGGAGAUGCCCUGCGGAUUGAUCUGAGAUGGCAAGAGGGAAGUCAACCUUCAGAGGCUCUCAAGCGUAACAACUGCGCUACUGCACUCCGAGCACUCCUUGAAUUGUGCACUUCAUAGUCCCUCACUGUGCAUUUCCAAAGUCUGGUUUUAUUUCUCGGAGAGAGGACCCUAUACUAGCUGUACUAGCUCAGUUCAUGCCAGUGGAAUCAUGUACUAGAGCUGCAUCUAAGC